AUGCUAUAAUAAGUAAAAUGUUUCAAACUACGUGGAUAAAAUAAUCUUUACACGUAAAUUAAUUAGAAAAAAAGAUGUUCAUAAAAGAGAAAUACGUCAAAUCUCCUGUGUAAUGAUACGUGCUUUUGAAUUUGGGACAUUGGGACUUUCGUAAUGCGUAGUACAGUGCGAUCGUAGUAAUUAUGGCGACGAUACUUAGUAACUGUGGUAUACACCGAAAUGAUUGUUUAGUUUCUCUUUUGGUUACAGGUCCUAUAGAAUUAUGCCGUAAAGUUUCUGAAGAAUUACAAGAGAGUGCAAAAGAAAGAAAGUGGCGUAUCGUUGUACAUCAAUGUGAAACUGUUGCUGAUGUUAUAAAGUCGAAGUUAAAUAUUGGUGUCGAUUUCAUUGUUUUUGUUUUUGACUGGAGAAUCAGUCAGACUUUGUCUGAUGUGGAAAAAAACUUACGUCUUAUCGAUGAACAUUUCAUAGUUUCUGGAGCUGUGUGCCUAGUAAACUGCACAGGAAUCUUGAGUUUUGUGGGAAAGACCUCCCACAAGAUUGUACAGAUAAGAAAUAAAUAUAAUAUUCAUUUCUUGUCUGCCAAUGUUUUCAAAUCACUAAUUCGUGUUCAGUUAGGUGGUAGGAUCUUGAACCUAGUAGAAGCUUUAUUGGGAAUAACAAGUGGAAUUCCUAUUAGUGGACUAUUGGCAUAAAAUUUUACAAAGCUUUAUAC